CACUAGCGUGGGCAAAUCGCCUGACUCGUUUUGGUCCGCCGAGAUACGAUCACCAUCUCAGAAUCUCAGAUCGCCAUGGAGCUCGAGGAGGCGAGUGGGGAGGAUAAAGGGCAAAGAAAAAGCCUAGAAACGAGCUUGGAGGGCAAGAAGGUGGUCCUGGUGCCAUACAUGAGGGAGCACGUGCCUCGAUACCAUGAGUGGAUGCAGGACCCCGCCCUCCUCCUCGCCACCGGCUCCGAGCCCCUCACCCUCGACCAGGAGUACCAGAUGCACCUCUCCUGGACCCAAGACCCCAACAAGCAUACAUUUAUACUGCUGGACAAAGAGUUGAUCGCGGGUAGCUUCGUCCAUGGAGAUCCCCAUGUUGAAGGUUUGAACUCCAUGGUAGGUGAUGUGAAUAUAUACAUGAAUGAUCCAGAUGACCUGCAAACAGCAGAAAUUGAGAUCAUGAUAGCCGAACCAAAAAGCCGUGGCAAGGGGCUUGGAGAAGAAUCAGUCUUGAUGAUGAUGACAUUUGCAGUUGAGAAUUAUGGAAUUCAAAAAUUCUGUGCGAAAAUUGGUGACUCGAAUGCAGCAUCACUCCAUCUCUUCCGGAAAUUGGGCUAUGUUGAUGCUUCUUACAGUGAAGUCUUCAAAGAGGUGACUCUGGAGUUGCCUGUAACAGAGCAAUCCUUUAAAAUCCUAGUAAUUUAAACAACUGAAAUCUUUACGAAUGAAGGUGGAGACUUCUCAAAUGAUCCAGUUUGCUGGUAGGUAAAAAAAUUGGAGAACUACCAUGCCAAUUGAGAAAUAGCCGAAGGUAUGCACAUCAAUGAUGACCAGGUAUCUGGAUUUUAUAACUUUUUUCCACUUGUCUGCUGCCUCUGUGAUCAUUGCUGCAAGUUGUUAUCACUAUCAUUAGUAACACUGGUUUGGAUUGGAAGUCCCUUUUCUAAGCUAUGGAGGUUUAACUUAUGAGAAAUAUUGGUGUUAUUAACUGAACAUUGUUUCAGUUGCGGGGAACGCCCUGGGCCCUUGCCUUGAUGGUGUCGCCAUUCAUGCUGUGAGUCCAGAAUUUGGGAAGUUCUCCAAAUUAUUCCAAAAAUUUGUUGAAAUCCACAUGGUUACUGCCAAAAAUUGGCAUGGGGAAGAAUUAUUGGAAAAGUGGCUCAUAUGGGAUAAAUCUAUUCGAACUGCGGGAGAAGUCUCGUUUUAUCAAAACAUCUUUGUUUCUUUCGUAGCAUUCUGAAAAAAACGAAGUGAAUUGAAACAAGAA